GCAUGGAGGACUUAUCAUUGUAUUUGUAGCUUGCAACUAUAAUCAGCGUUGGACGAAAGGCAAUUUUUUAUCUAAAAGAAUCACUAGCGAAAUUGAAAAUGAAAUGCAAAUGGAAAGCGAGAAGAUGUAGCUGAUGGCGUCCUGUUUUUUGUUCGUGGUCCGACAGGAGGACCGUCUAGUAUUCUGAUACUACUUCGAACGGAACAAAUGCAUUGCAUAUCAUGAGAUUGGCUCUUUUCUAGACAGCGUCUGGGCCCGCAUUGGGCAGCAUGAUUUUUGCGUAGAAGUGGACCGCCGGGUUUCUCAAUGUACAAUUCAAUGACAAUGUUUCUGAAAACACGACGCAAAACAUACAUUGCGAAAUAAUUGAAGCAAGUUUUUCUGACCACGUAAAGGUAAAUUAUUUGGCCUGCUUCUUCUGCUUUUGUUUAUGUAUAAUUUUUCACGUGAGCACCAGACGAGAAACCACUACGUACCACCACCACCAUCACGCGUUCCAUUCGUCGCGUGAAUAAGCCCAGAAGUUACUGAACCUUCCCAACCGCCGCCCCUCGUACUUUAUCACCAUCAGGACAACUUUCCCACACAUCGACCACACGUCCACCAUGCCCCGCAAAUUGAUCCCUGGGUCGGCGGUGCAACUGCCGGCCCACGAGCAGCACCAGCCGUAUUCUCCCGAAGAGAUGAAGCGCGUCUUCGCGACUUCUGCCGCAGCCAACAUCAGCGACGUCCACAAAGACCACCCGGACGCGAGAAAACUACCGUCCAAACUGGACGUCGAUGAGCAACCAGAGUACCUGCGGAUCCAGGAGGAACGAAGACAAGCGCUGUGGGACGAGGUUCACGGCGGGUUCACGGAUCUGAUGUCCCAGUUUGACGACUUUCACCAAGUUUUGACGGGCGACGUGUCGGAGUUGGGAGAUCGGUUAUCUGCGAAGCACAAGAAGAUGAUCCAAGAUAAAUUAGACCGGGAGAAGUACGUCCAGGGGCUGGAGAAUAUGCAUUGCAAAAGUAACGUACUAGAACUAGUAUAAAUUGCAUUACAAAUUUUGGCAAGAAGAAUAAAAGUGGGAUUUCUGAUGCUGUUGUACCUUAGGAGGAAGAUUUGUAAUGCAUAUCUGCAAUUACUACGAGUGAAGUGUGAUGCUUUUGCACAGCAUAGAGAACCGGAUCAAGCAACUGAUCGAGGAGAAGCAGUACUUCCAGAAAGUGAUGGAGUCCCAGUACAAGAUGACGAACGUGUACUACAUGCAGGCGAAAAUGAACGAGGAGUACUUCGAGCGGGCAAACAACUUGGAAGGGCAGUGUCGGCGGAUGGAGCAAAAAGCACAGUGGCUGCAGGACUCCGCGGUGAAGUGGCGGAACCGAUACGAAAAAUUAAAGAAACACCAUGACCGUAUUAAUUUACUGUUUUCGUCCGUUUUCGAUACUUCUUCAUUUGUCACAGUCACUUGCACUGCGUUUACGACGAAUUCUUGUUUCCUGCGUGUAUGCAUGACGCCAAGGUCAAGCUGCUCGUCUCACUGCUCAAAAUAUCCAUCUGCAUUUUUCUUGUUGCCAGUCUUUCUCUUUGUCUUUUAUUCCAUCCUCUAAAAUAAACCACUACUGCAGGUCUAAUCGUUAAUCUCUCGAAGUGGAUGCAGCGGGAGAUCAAGAAAAUUCAGCGACAACAACUGCUCACCGCCUGGGAGACCGACGUGCGGAUCACGAAAAUCGUCGACGCGCUGGAUGACAGUGAAAAACGACUGGUGGUAGAGCGCGAGCACUGGAUGAAGGUGGUUGCCGACGUCCGCUUAUGAAGUGCAAAAAUGUCUGGGUCUGGAAGAAUGCAGCUUGUGAUGCUGUAUUUGGAUUCCAAAAAAAUCUGUAUUGCAUGAGUAGCAAACAGAAUGCUAUUUUUGCUACGCUGAGAAGGCAUUUGUCAUGCGGGAUAGGCAUCAAGUUCAAGAAGCCCUCAAAAAAUUUGUAUUGCUAGGGUAUGCAUCACAGACAUCAUGGCUCAUGCAAAACGUGCAUGACAAGUGUCAGAAUCUUCCAGACCCAGACAUUUCUACAUUUGAUACCGCUCGCAACUCCAGGACGAGAAAAACGUGACGAACGCUAUGCAGUGUAAAAGUAUCGUGGUCGUACUCGUAUAAAUGCAUUACAAAUUUCCUCAGCGUGAGAAAUAAAAUUUGUAACGCGGAUCUGACUUAACAAAAAGAUUUGUAAUGCAUGACUGCAAAACGCGUGCGUGUGCGAUACUUUUGCAGACGAUAAACGCACGGCGGAAGCGGAUGCGGUCCCUCGGCGAGAAAGCGCUCUACCGGCUCUUAUCAAAUGCAAAAAUGUCUGGGUCAGGAAGAUUCUAAACUUGUGAUGCUGUCUCUGGAUUCGAAAAAAAUUUGUAGUGCGUGACCAGUAAGCGGAGUAGACUUUGUGCUCCGGCGCGGAGAUGGCAUUUGUCAUGCGGAAGAGGCAUGAGGAAGCCCUCUAAAAAUCUGUGAUGCUAGUAGGGGUAGGCCAUGCAUUACAGGCAUUAUGGAUCAUGCAAAAUAUGCAUGACAAGUCUUGCAAUCUCCCAGACCCAGACACUUUUGCAUUUGAUAGCUCCGCGUGCUGAUCAACCCGAGCUCCCGGCCGGACCUGCACAAGGUGUGCUUCCGCCACUGGGCGAUUGAGGCGCUGCGGACCAACGGGAGAAUACGGGAUUUACGAAUCACCCAGGAGGCGCAGCAGGAGAACAAGUUUUUGAAACUCUACGUCGGAGAAUUAGAGGCGUUCCGGGACGACUAUGAAUUGCAAAAGAAUCGUGCUCGUAUAAAUGCAUUACAAAUUUCCUAAACAUGAGAAAUGAAAUGCUGAUUUACCUUGAGAAAAAGAUUUGUAAUGCAUGACUGCAAUACGACUACGGUACUUUUGCACAGGAUAACGACUUGAACCCGCAAAUGUGGAACGUGUACAUGGUAUCCACAGUAAAUUUCCCGUACACGACAUACAAAUGCACUCUCUGCAUCACAAAAUUGGGCUUCGAUCCUAGUUUACCAUGACAAGUGUUACGCUCCAAAUCGUUGAACUUUGUGAUGCAUCUUGUACAUGUACGGGAAAUUUGUAUUGCAUACAUGGAGCAGUUUUCCGAGCUCCAACACGAAAACACGGAAUUGUGCCUGCAGUUAUCGGAGACCCGAAGGAUGGCGCACGAGGAGUUCUUGACCCACCGGAACGUCAGGCUCGUGAUCGAACGGGAGAAGUGGCGGGAACGCCUGCGGUUUCUGGAGGCGAGAAUGCGCAAGGCGUGGAAGGAGGAUGUGAAGGAAGUGUAUGAGGAGUGCUACUACUUGCAACAGCGAAACGUCAAUUUGGAACGGCUGGCUAACGACGGCGUGGACGAAGCGCAUGGGAAGAAGGUAUGAUCAUGUUCAUGCCAAUGCCUGUUUGGCCUCUUUUGUCAUGCGAAAAUGUAAAUGCGUAAGUAGGCAUGUUGGAUUUUUUGUGAUGCGUAUCUGUGCUACACAAAAAAAAGACAGUCGCUGUCACUCAGGAACAAAUUGAUACAAAAAAUCCAGCCCCUGUACCCAGUAGUGCCGAAAGACGUGGGUAUUCGCUGUAUCGACUGCGUAUCCACAGGCACAGUAAAUUUCCCGUACACGUACGUAUGCGGUCUCUGCAUGACAAAAAUGGGCUUCGAUCCUAGUCUAGCAUGACAAGUUUUACGCUUCAAAUUGGUGAAAUUUGUGAUGCAUCUUGUACAUGUACGGGAAAUUUGUAUUGCAUACUGCGCGAAGAAAAUGGUGCUGCAGGAGGAGAGGAAAAAGAUCGCUUGCUCCCCUAUGCAUUGCAGAUAUGUCUGGGUCUGGAAUAAACGCAGUUUGCCAUGCGGGACACGCAACACAUAGGACGAGCCCAAAAAUUUGUCAUGCUUGGCUCCGUAUUUUUGCAGUGGAACUACUCUCAUUCACUUUUAGCAUUACAAGUUUCUGUUUCCAGACCCAGAUUACAUACUUGCAAUGUAUAUCCCCGGUAAGGGAUCAACAUGGCGAUCCUCGUUCUCGGUCUAUUUCACCGGUGCUGAUGAAUCAAACCAGCAACAACCAAAUGUCACCAACCGGAUUGCAGAUUUCGACACGAAACAUCAAGCAACAUCAAAAUCAGCAAGAACAGCUUGCCAGUGUAAAAACCCUAACUUCCCCCUUCUCCUCUCGCGGCAACCGGCACGAGAUGAUUCCCUGGACGGCGGAGGAAAGGGAGCGAGCGGAGCUGAAUAUCUACAGGAAAUUUCCCAUACACGUACAAAUGAUGAUGUGGUCUCUGCAUUACAACAAGACUUGGCUCCGGUCCUAGUUUAGCAUGACAGGUGUUUUUACAUUCCAAAUUGGUGACAUUUGUGAUGCAUUUUGUACAUGUACGGGAAAUUUGUAUUGCAUACUGAGGCAACUAGACCACCAGGAGUUCGUCGAGGAGGAGCGGCGGGAGAAGGAACGGAGAAGAAAAUCCUCCCAAGACUCCGCCUGGGGCGCGUUUGACAUCGUGGAAGUGCCCAGUCACUUUCAGUACACGAAGGAGGACGAAGACGAUAAACCCUUUCCCUUCGAGAAGCCGUACAGCCGGAAGAACGUCGUGAAAAAAGCCUCGGACCAGGCGAAGCUGCUGAAAAAAGAGUUCCUCCAGCAGUUUUUCGAGAAUGAGCAGAAAAACCUCCCGAGACUAGGGUGGGACGCGAGCAAGGCGAGCGAAUUCACGGCGAACGGGGGCGGGAAGGACUUGAAGGAGGUGAUAAGCGGGCCGGGUGGCGGAGGGUUGAUGUCGCCGAAUAGGAGAGCUGGAGGGGUGCACCAGCGGGUGGUGAAAGAGGCGUGGACGAAUAGAUAGGUGGUGAGGAAGAAGGUGAUGUGGAGUGUUCUUUGCGGUUCUUUACUUGAAGUUGUAUAUCGCUAUAUCAUGUACAAAAUGAACCGCAUGCUGUAGCUGCAGGGGGGUGUUAUUUCCUGCAGCCGAAGUGCACUUUUUUGUUGAUGACUUUGAGCAGCCAAUGCUUGCAGCAUAUGCCCUCGCUCUUCCUUUGUACAAAACAAAACGUUUCUUCACUGAAAUCUGUUUCACCUCCUAAAACAGAAUCGAAU